AUGCAACAACAGCAAAGAAGGUGGGUGAAGAAUUUCCAGCUGAAUGGAAACAACACAAUCUAUGAGGACAAGCUGGAACUAUAUAACUUCGAUCCCCUGGAGGUAAUCGUCCUGCUGUCAGAGCUGACUGACCAGAACCUGUCUCUGAUUCACAACAUCACCAGGAUGGAUAAGAAAAUGGAGCACACUUUCGAGGUCACCAUAAAGAAAAUGAAAGAGGAAGAAGAGCAGCUAAACAUGCAUGUAGAAGAUAUGAAGGAGAGAGUUGACAUCAAAAAGAAGAGAAUGGCCAUGCUUAAAAAGAGUGUUCGUCUCCAUGAAUCAAUAAAGACAGAGGACCAGGAUAUUAUGUUGAAUGAUUUGGCGAUUAAGGUGGCAAAGGUGUAUUCCUCAUGCGUCGAUGAACGGCCGACCCAACUCACCACUUUGGAGAUGCUGACUGGUUUUGAGCACCAUAUAUCUCUGCUGUUCCAGCAAGUUGAGAGCAUCCCAGAGGACGUGCUGAAAACACUGAGGAACAUCAAGGACAGCGAGAAGAGGAGCAGACAGCGAGAGGAAAAACUUAAACUGGAGAUGGAGCAACACAGAGAAAGGAUGAAGGAGUGCAUUCAGAGAUCGCUGGAUGAAGCCAAGAAAACAUAUGAACGAAAGCUCAUGCCCAGAUGUUUCCCGGUCAAGAAGAAGAUUGAAGUUGUUGAUGAGGUCAUCACCUUGAUGGAGGACUUCCGUUCCCACCUCUUCACCGAGGACUCAGAUUAAAAAUAAGUACAAAUGCUCUACUUGUUA